GUAUAUAGUGUGGUUUAAUGAUAGUUAGACCGGGUUAAUAAGGAGGACCGCACCGGUUUGCACAUGCGCAGAUCAUAUUCCUACCUCGUGUAUUCUACCGUGUCUUCAGGCUCGAACUGCUGUCGAUAUCAUAGUAGCUAUGACUGACGAAACUCCCCAACCACCAGUAGUGAUCGACAAAGAAGUCGUCAAGACAGCGCUGAGGGAACUGCUGCACGACAUCCCCGCCUUUAGAGCGUUUUCUGAAAAAGCAGGGGAAUCCUCAAGGACAAGCAGAGUCCAAGACCCUCCGGGAACGGAAGACGUGAGCGACUUGAACCUGCCCCUUAUAGGAGGCGGUGGAGAUGGAGAGCAUGGAGAGCGUGGAGACGGAGAACGACGAGUAGUCAACCCCCCAACAGAGCUCGGGACGUCCAAACCCCAGGAACCAUCCCCAUUCGUCCUCGGGGAAGCGUUGCCUGUGGUCCCGGUCAGGCUGGUAAAACGAAUAAUCAAGGGCGAGUUCGUGGAUAUGAGCGAGCUCCUUAAGGACAAUAUGGAGGUCCUCCGGAGGAGGAAGCAAGAGAGCGACGGGAUCCCCGCACCGUACGAGCAGAGAGCGAGCAGGAGGGAGGUCCCGGACAUACUUAGUUGGGUGCAGGCAUUUAGCCUUUAUGCGGCGGUGGUGGCAAGUCAGCACCCGAACAAAGCCAAGGAGUUGUGGGCCUAUCUGGCUAUCCUGGUGGGAGAGGCUCAGCGGUGUGGGGGACGUGGGUUCGUAGCAUACGACUCACUGUUCCGCCAGCAGAUGACGUCGUUUGAGGCAGUCGACUUCUCUAAGAUCAACCAGUCACUGUAUUGGACAACCUUUCUAGCACAAAGAGGAAGGGGAAAAUCUUGCUCAAUCUGCACGGCGUCGGAUCACGGCUUAGAAGAAUGCGCCCUGCAACCAAGCAGAGCGAUAAGAGUGAGCAACCCGGCCCCUUCGAGAGAGGAAUACCGUCCCCAGGGGUUUGAACUGCCUCGUAAGAAGCGAAGGAGGGGAGCCUGUUUUGCGUGGAAUGACGGCCGAUGCGAGGCGGAGAACUGCUCCUUCGAGCAUGUAUGCUCACGGUGUGCGGGACCUCACAAGAGAUGGUCUUGCCGCUCUCAAGGGAGUGAUGAGAGGAAAAGAGAGGAUCCUGGAAAACCUCUGGCCAUCCGCUAGCUGGUGCGCGGACGAGUCGUCCGAUUGUUGUUUUGAGUAUAUAACCAGACUGCUGACACUUAAGCCGUGAAUUCACAACCAGACUUAUUAGUGUUACUACGGUGUAUGAAUAUUAUUCCCUUGUUGUAUGGUCAAAUGAGGACCCAUACGUUGCAUAUGUGAUGAUUUUGUUACUUAA